AUGACCGAGUUCCUCAUGUUGCAGCAGGGGGACAUGACUGUCACUGAGUACGAGGCAGAGUUCACCCGUCUACUGAUGUAUGGAGGGCAUCUGGUGCCCACCAAGCUUGAGAAGGUGGAGCAUGGAGAGCGGGAGAAGAGGGAGGGGAAGACUCGUGAGCGGAGCCCCUUCAGGAAGUGCUUCGGUACAUGUUCAUCUGGGAAGAACGUCCGGAGCAGUGACCCACGCAACAAGGGCAAGGCGCCCGCUAUUCAUGCCCCACCACCAUUGGUGACGAGGGGAUCACUGGUCUGUUAUCAUUGUGACCAGCCCAGACACAUUGCAUCACGUUAUCCGAUGAGGGCUAAGGGACCACCGACUUUGGCGACGAGACCACCGCGACCACCGGGCCAGGCGGAUAGACUGCCCCGACCACCAACGAGAUCCAGGAGGAAGAGGAGGAAGAGGCUCAUCCUGAUAGAGCCGAGGCCACCACGAUCUCAGGCAACCCAUAGUUUCCUGAGUGCGGGAGUGGCGGAGAGACUUGAGACAGGAGAGAUCGAACUGAGGGACGAUUUCACUGUGCGCAUACCAAUCGGAGAGACAUUAGCCAUGCAUGGGAUCCUGCGAAGCGUACCCCUCGAGAUUUGUGGCUGCCUAUUAGCCGCAGAUCUCAUUGUGGUACCCAUCGGAGGGUUCGAUAUCAUCUUGGGAAUAGAUUGGUUGAUGAGAUACCAAGCUUACAUUGAUUGUCCCAAGAGGACAAUCUGGUUUAUGGACGAAUUCGGAGGGUUCGAGUUCCGAGGCCGUGGAGCGUCGGCAGCGGACCCGAUCAUCUCGGCGUUGAAAGCCGAGAAAUGA